AUGACAUUUGACGUUUGAUUUCUUAUUUUCAGAAAUGAUAAAUUGAAAAUAUUGGCUCAUUUAUGAAAACAAUUGCUUAAAAAGUAAAACGUCAAUAUUCACGAAAUAAAUAUGAAUGAUUUAGAUUUCCUUAUGCCUCGAGUUAUUGAACAGAUAUACACUGUUCUUGCACACGAAAUCAAAAUGGGGCUUUGGGAUGGUCGUGACGAGUCCGGUGGCAUUUAUUCCUUUCAAUUUCUGCAAUCAUUGCACGAGGAUUUUAUGUUAAAUCUACAAAAACUUUUAGAGAUGACUAAUUUUCAAUUUGAUGAUGCUGUUAAUCAGGAUAAGAAUAUUUUAUCGAAAUAUUUAGCUCUUAUGAAUGCAAAGAAGUCUCAGCUAACUCAGAGUUGGCUGACCUUGAGACAUUUCAUGAUUUACAUCUACAGGUCAUUACUUUCCCUGAAUCCUCAAGCAAACAGCGAGGAAUUAUCAGCUUAUUUCAUUGCAGAAAUGAAAAAUUUGGUGAAAGAAUUAACUUUGGCUGAUGAGACACAGUUAUAUCUGAGAGUAUUCUCUCUUCUACAUACAUUUGUCAGUUUUACAUUCUGCCAGUUCAAUAAGUCGAUUGAUAAAGGCAAAACUCUUGAAAGGUUAUAUCAAUUCUACCACGCCUUCUUGGUUGCUUCUAAAACAAUAUAUCCUGCUUUCAUGGAUUUGGAGAAGCUUCUAAGGGACAAGUGUAACAUGACUUGGAUGGAUUAUAAUAAAUUUGUUUUUUUCAAUGUAUUUUAUCAAGCUAUCGAAUCGGAAAUAUUGACGAAAGUUAGGCAAAUGGAUAAACUUGAACUUCCUGCAGCAUAUAAUUCAAUGAUAAUCGAUUUUGGAGAGCUAAAUACAUUGUGGCAAACACUAAAAAAUUUGAGAGGAAUCAAUCAAAAUAUGGACGAUGAAAUGAGUGAAGACCAUAAAUUAAUUUUAAAAAAUGAUUUUUGGAUUCGCCGGAAGAAAAAAGAAGACAAGCAAAGUAUACAAAGAUUAGCUGCCGAGCUCAUCAUUCUAGCUAGUGAUAGAAGAACAAGAAACUGCGAGUCCUAUUUGAAUAGAGAUGGCCAGUGCUUAUGUGAAGACUGCUUAUUAUGCAUGAUAGCUCUCCAGAUUGAUGCAAAGAAAGAUUUUGCUUUGUUCAAUUUGUUACCAUGUCGUUAUUGUCCAAAAGGAGUAGAUCUGAAUCAGUUUCAUGACCAUGUCGUUGGUCAUCUGAAAAGAAAUAUGAUACUUCAUCCCCUUGAAUCUCAAUUGAAAACGAAGGUAUGUGAUGAUUCAUAUAUCUACAAAAAAUUCGAAGAGAUGGAAAACAGACAAGUAAAAAAUGGAGAGAAGAAAAGCAAAAGCUUGUUUAGUUUAUUAAAGAAGGUCAAACCUACUAAAAUGGAACCCUCAGAAAAUAGAUCCAGCGAAAUUAAAACUGACAAUGUUUCUAAUGGCGAAACGAAGGAAAACUGCCGCGUUCCCUAUAUACGAAAUGAAACCACAAAUAAGAAUACAUCAACCUGUUCCUAUAGUUGUAAGCAUGAGGAGGAGCUGAAAGCAGGUAAAGAGCUGAAGAAAUUACAAGGGGUAUGUGACUACCACAAAGAUUCUAAGAGAUGUGAUUGCACUUACUGUGAAGUGUUUGGCUCGACUGUGGCACCUAACAAAAAACAAUCUAACGAAACUAGAACACGUCUGAGAAUACGUCUGAAUCAAAGGAACCAGAAGCAGAAAAAUGUUCCAGUUGAUACAGCCAACAAAAUACGACCUACUAAAUGUACUAUUCCUACUAAUACUUCUCCACCAAAGUUAGAGACAGCUAUACGUAUAGAAAAUCAAUCUGAAAUUAAAGCAAUUAAUAUUCCUUCGAAACCCAUUGAAACUGCCAACAAAGGUUCAAAAGUAACAUCUGAAGCAAUUAAGGUCAAUUCAAUACUUGUAUCAAAUAAAAAUAAAUUGAAUGACAUUCAUGGACUCAUCGAUUAUAUUGAAGGAAAUUCAGGCUCUGAUAAAGCAGCAAUUGCUGACAAAAAAGCAGCCAAAAAAGCAAGGCAACGUCAACGAAAGGAGGAAGAAAGGAGAAAAAUAGAAGAGGAGAAAUCUAGGGAAGAAGAAGAGAGAAAAAAGGCUGCAGAAUUACAGUUGCGAAUAAAGCAACAACAGGAAAAAAAAAAUCUAGCUGAUGAAGGGAACAAAAAAUCUAAAAAAUCAAAAAAUAACAAAAGCAAGGGAAGUUCAUUCACAGUUGAAAAUGACAAAGCAGUCGCAAGUAACUGUAUAGAAGAAACAAUACCUGCUAUGGUAACAAUAAAAAAAUCGAUGGAAAAUGGCGAUAACAGUCCUACAGUUACUAUAACUUUGAAAGGUUCUACACCAGAUCAGGAUAGACUGCUUUAUACCCUAAUGAAUGGUCAUUCGGAUACCAAUAAGGAGAAUAUUAAUAAUAAAUCAAAAAAGACUAAAAAGCAAUCAUCUAAUUCUGAACAAAAAAUCGAACAUUUCGUGAAAGUUCAGGUUAUGAGGAAAGAAUACACAAAUAAUGGCAACGGAAAGUCGAAUAACUCCAAUAAAGAAGUGAAAGUUUCGUUCACUGUCAAUAACAGAAUGAGCGAGAAUAGUUCCAAUAGCAAGAAUGCGGACAUGGACAGAAAUGUGAUACAGCCAAAAGCUGAAUAUGCAAAAACUAAGGAAUUAGAUUUGCCCUUCUUGAAGCUUCCUCCUGGAAUUACAAUAACGAAGAUAGAUGGACCUUCCUCAAAUAACAAAAAUAAUUACAGGAUCGCUAUGAACCAAGACUCGGGAAACAGUAAUGUUCCUGUUAAUAAUAAAUCGGGUGUAAUUGUUGUAGAUACUGAAAAAUUAAUCAAUUCUAAUGGAACCAACAAAGAAACAAGUCGAAAAAAUAGAAAAAAGAAGAAUAAAAAACAGCACCUUAUUAGUGCAAAUACUGGAGUGACUUCGCAACCAUCAAUGGUGACUUUGAAGAAUCCAAUAUUCCAGUCGUUCUCAGAAUCUGUUGGAAGACAACAUCCAUUGCCUUUAGAUAUCACUGGAGCUUCUUGUGGACAGGCAUCCAUUUUCAGGAAUGAAAAUGGAAUGGUAACUAUUCGUAGUUCUCGAUUGCAGCAAUCUUUAAAUAAUGGAAUUCCAAUGCAUAACCUACUUUCUGAUUUGAAACCAGUAAUUGGUGGAGAGGUAGACAGCAUGGUUUCGAAUAAUUCAACAGAGAAUCCCUUGAGCUCAUUGAAUGCUCAAGAAAUUCUGUCAGGUUUGCCUGGCAUUGAGAUAACCAAAGUGAAUAGAAAAACACCAAAGGCCGAACAAGAGCCAAAAGCUAAUCAGGUCGCUCAGGUCUCCAUUAUACCUACGAUUGGUGAUAAGUCCAGUUUUGACAAGGAGGACUGGAGUUACGAUAACAUUUUCACUCCUAAAGAUGUAUUAGAAGAUGAUCUUGAUGCAGAGGAAAGGGAGUUGGAAGCUUUCAAGAGAUUCUGUCAACAGAGCAUACCGCCCAAGCAAAAGGAAAAAGUUGCUCAUUUGAAUGUUCAUGAUAUUGUUUUGAAAAAGAAGAAUGAUAUUAAUUUGGCGUAGAAGAUUUUUAUUUAUACUGACAUUGCUGUUGCAAAAAACAACCUUUUUAUUUUCAACAGUUAUUCGUGUGAAUUAUGAAUUAUAUACAUAUUUAAUUUUUUCAAUAAUUAAAAUUUUACUACUAUGACCCUGACUAGAUUUUACAAAAUUACUUUUUGCAACAUGAAAACUGCAUCUGAAUUUAUAGAAAUGAUAAUGUAUGAAAUGAUAUAGCCUCAGCCUAAAUGUCCAACUUCUAUUUCAAAAUUUUAUAGAUUCAGAUCUCUUUUAAUUGGAUUUGUCACAAUUUUUGAAUAAAUAUUUUUUUUUGAUUAAUGCCUCUAUCUCUGAUGUUAUUUAUUACAGAUAUAAAUUUCUUUUGAAAUGGA